UGCCUGCGCCCGCCUCCAAAGCUGCGUCCUGCGCCCGGCGCCCACCGCGGUCCACAACGGUGAUCUGGGCGUAGGCCUGGCCAGACGCUGGCUAGCAAGGCCGAGCCGCCGCGUUUUAUUUCGUUUGUGAUUUUUGCAUCGGCUGAAGUUUUGUGGGUCGGGUUAAACUCGGGACCUCCGUGUAGAGGACCCAUUUAUUUUUUUUCUUUCCAAAAUGGCAGCCUCCAGCCGCGCGCAAGUGUUAGACCUGUAUCGGGCUAUGCUGAGAGAGAGCAAGCAUUUCAGCGCCUACAACUACAGAACAUAUGCUGUCAGGAGGAUAAGAGAUGCCUUCAGAGAAAAUAAAAAUGUGAAGGAUCCUGUAGAAAUUCAAACCCUAGUGAAUAAAGCCAAAAGAGACCUUGAAAUAAUUCGUCGACAGGUCCACAUUGGCCAAUUGUAUUCGACUAACAAGCUUGUCAUUGAGAAUCAAGAGAAGUCCAGGACCUAAGAGCCAGAGACCUGCCACCAGCGGCAGCCGGGGACCACCUUCCGCAUCCAUUCUGUGCUUGGCAGCCUCCAGCUCUGCUGACAAACUGAGUCACAUUUCCGUUUUGUCGCAGCCUUACUGGCUGUCUCUCCUCUGUUGAGGUGUUACCGUGAGAGCUGGCGCUCACUCAGAAUAAUGCUGUGUAUUAGCCUCUCCACCCACCCCUAUUCCAUAGCUUGUCACCACUGUAUGGCUCAUUUCUAGACUUGGUUUCUUGGUCCUUCACAAUAAAUGCAAUUGUCUCCUAAGCCUUUCACACCAGAUAAACCCACCGGAAUUAGUGCAUGUUCAUUUCCUGCUAAUACAAGGCCUGUGAAGGGCUGUGGGGGACUCACAGAGAGAGUCUAGCCCUGAGCCAAGAACUCCCUUUAUGAAGGCAAGUCUAAGCAUUAGUGAGAUUUAGGGGGCAGGGGAGAGUAGAGGAGGGGUGAAGGGGUAAGGUGCACCCUGUACUUUAUACCUGGGCCCACUGCAACAGCACAGCCGGCUGGCGUGUGGAUACACACCCAGACCUCAUCACAGCAUCAGCCCCACCCAGGAAGUUGCUGGAAAUGCAGGCUCUCAAGCCCACCCCAUACAGCCUGACACCACCUUCAGGUGAUUCCCUGCUGGCAACUGACAUAGUAGGGGUGAGGCACAAUAGUUUUUCUAUAUUUUUCAAGCUCUGCCUAUGAUUUUCAUGGUUAGCUAGUUUGAAGACCCUCUGCUCUUUAAGUGUCUUCCAGGUAAUAAAGGUAUUGUUUGUAUGCUUUCACUCUUGGAAAUACAUUCAUUCUGAACAUACAAAGAACGUACUACAUAACUUCCUUAAUUUCUGGGGCAUUUACAAGAAACCAAACCCUGUCAUAGUGAUUUCUUGUUUCUGUUUUUAUACAGUGCUAAGUGAUUCAGUAUUUAUGUGUUAAGGUUUGGAACAGGCUCAUAAAUAUAUUACAGUUGCUUGAAUAGCAGUGGCAGGGUCACCCCACAAUUCAUUCCAACCCUCACAGUCACGUGAGUGCUCACAGCGUCAGACCCUGUGCCCUUCUCAUCCUCGUGCUGCAACUGUCCGCCCAUCUCAUCUAUUGAAGGUAGAUUUGUUGUCACGGUGCAUUCAAAAUAGAUGAAGUGUGUACCCAUUCUAUUUGGCAGUACACCUUUUGACUUCAGAGUAAAGUCUGGUGCACCCAUGAGACUAAUGCAACUCUUGGUAGGUUCUAGAUCUGUUAGCGUCCAGCAGUCCGCAUCCAGGAGCUGCAGAGUUGGAAGAACCAGUCAGCAGACAGCAAACACAGGUGAUGUGGAAAGUGUGAUCUGUCUCUUCUCCCUCCAGCUGUCGGACAGGGGCAGAGCGGCCCUGCCCGGAUGCACGUGGCCCUGGCUCACUUCUCGGCAUCCGUGCAGUUCAUGGUCACUCAGCAAUGAAGGCAUCCAGCACUGGGUGGCACGGCUGCGUUGUGCGUAAUUUAAGUAGCUGCCACUUGAAACCUAAGUCCAGAUUUGAACAUCUCCCCUGAAAGUAUCAAAUUGCUAGUAAAAUAACAGCUCCUCAGCAGACCCCAACCCACUCCCAGGUUUUAGGGAGGCAGUCCACCCAGCAGAUGAACUUGUGCGGCAGGCCUGUAACAGCAGGUUGCUUCUAUGUUAAUUAAACCACAUGAAUGGGUUUGAACAUGCCCAAAGCCUUGAAAAUACAGAACUAAUUUUUGUAACUCAGAUAAAAUGAGUUAUGCAUCUGGAAUCUGUAGAAAGAUACAAAUCAAAAUUCCAUGACAGAGAAAGCCACAGAGGUCUUGAUUCUCCACUACACUUGAGGUGUAGACUGGCUGGCAGAGCCUCGUACUGAGAUUCCUCAAUUCAGAGGACCCAGGGUUGACUCCAGAGCUUUGAAAAGCGUGGCAUUCCAUGGGGACAUUCCACCUGCUUGACCAGACCCCACCCAAAGGAUGUGGGGUGAGGGGAUAGAUAGAGAACUGCACCAUCCAACAGAGCCCCACAGAACUAGAAUGCGUGGCUGCUCUGAAGGAUGGAAUCCAGGCUGGGGACUAUAAACCACCUUCCAGUGUCAGCAUUUAGCAAAUGAGAACUAUACCAACAUUAACUACCCACAGGUAAAAACCAUUGACCUGGCCAAGCCUAUUUCUCAGACAUUCAGAGUUACACUGGGGUCUGUGUUUAGCCUAUUUGGCCAGAAGCCUUAUAUGGCCAAAUACAGGGCUGUGUUUUUCUGAUGACUAUCGUAAUCUGCACUGUGGAUUGGAAGAAGAAUUGGUGUAGAUUGUUUUACACACACACUGUCCUGCCACCCAGUGGCAGUUACCUUUCACUCCCUUCAUCCACAGCCCCACAAUAUAACCAAUUGUCCAACCCAAUAUCCAGGAGCAAAGGCACAGGCUGAGGGUGAAGUCUACUGAGCGGACCCAGGAGCCACACUGCCUGGUUCACUGGGAUGCACAGAUGAAGCUGGAAAAGCCCGUGUGGAUAGUCAUUAUCAUGAACAAAGGAACAGGAAUUGUGCCAUGCAGACGCCUGGGUUUGACAGAUGCCUCUCCACUAAUUCAUUGUCUGGCAGUUGUUACAAAAUUACCUCGAGAAAAAUUGGAAAUGGAUAGACAAAACAAUGAUUUAUGAUUCAGCAAGCUUUUUCUGAGAGUUUACCUGAAAUCUAUACAGACAGUGGCUCAACUCACCUCUGUGAACAAUAGACUGUCCACUUUUCAAUCUUUCUGCAGCCCUUAUUAGUAGCCCAGGGAGCCAUUGAUGAAAAUUGCUUCUCUUGUCGAUAUCCUUUUUCUGGGGAUUAGGAUAGAUGCUAUUGCUUUUUGCUCAAGGGCAAAGUUUUAAGUCUAAAGAGCCUAAAGAGAGAAUCCAGAAGAACUCUCCGAGACAAAUCAACUGUAUUCUUCACCUAGGAGACUGUUGACACCACAGAGGUGACAGCAUAAUCAAUGUCUUGCAGUCUUGAAAUUAGAUCACAAAGUUGUUGACACCAAUAGAGCUGGAACUGCACGUGUUGGAGUCUUCCUGACCAGCUGGUCCCAGGCUGAACAUACCUGUGCUGACCACAGCGUGGCCCGUGGUAAUCAUUAGCAUUCUGAUUGCACAUCCCCAGACAGGGAUGCUAGACUUCAGUGAGCAGCUGGCUCUGCAGAGAACAGCUUCCUAGAAAUGACUUACAUUCUCUUCUUGCAAAAGUGACAAACUUUCUUAGUUCAGUGGUAUACAAUAGAAGCUUUUUUCUUCAACAGCCAGAAAGUUACUUUGUCCACUUUGGGAGUACCAGUUUAAUAUGUUAAAGCACUUUACUACAGCUUCCUAUCAUUUAUCUAGUGAAUUCAUGUGACUUCAUCAAAUAUAAUUGGUUCCAGGUUUUUAAAGGAGCAUUUCAUUUAUGUCAUACAUAUGAUAUACAUAGCACAUGUCAUAGGAUACAUGAUCAAGGACUAUAAAAUCAAAGCUAAGAGUCUUGUCAAGAGUUGCCAAAUACAGUCUUGUGUUCUUGUUACUUCAAGCAUGUGACAUAUUUAGCAUUAUUGUCAAAUUUUAGCAUGCAUUAAAACAGUUAAAUUCUAGUCUUAUACUUCCUUGUGGUACGCUAUGAAUUGAAUCUCGGCCAAAGUGGAGAAAGGAUCUCUCAGUAACUCAGACUACUGAAAAUAAAACAUAAAAAAAAAAAAAACAGAAAGGGAAAAUGAUGUGAUGGGAGUUCCGAAGACACUGGGACAGGACAGCCUGAGCUGGCUACUAUCACCAUGUAAAGGGACUCUAACUCCAGCCUGGCCAUUAGUUGCCCUUGGAAUGUUGCCUGAAUCCCAGUUCAUCAAGGCUUAAUAUUGAGAAAAUAUGAACAGGUGGAUGAGGUAGCCCGAUGCGGACAGCCUAGGAAGUCAUUCACUCCACAUUCCAUCUCUGCCUCUUCUUGGCAGUGAGAUCCUGGGUCAGUAGCUUCGAUAAACUUCUGUUUCCUCAUCCAUACAAUGAAGCUAAUCACAGACCUACCUUACAGCGUGGCUAUAAGGAUGCUCCCUAAACAGAGUUUUCACCACCUGAUAUAGAGCAGGUAGGUAAGCAGUAACGGAGAGUUCCCUCCUGCCUGUCACAGAGAGAUUUCAUGGCUAUCCUAUCGUCUAACAACAAAAUGUUAGAUUCCUUUAAAUUGUAAAAGAAAUGACAACCAACUGUAAAGAAAACCGGCCACACAGAAAAAAAACCUGUAACUAAAUAAUUUGUUGUACCUUUUAACCAGUCUUGAAUAAAAAAGAAGAAUGCUAUAA